AUGACAAGUUGUGAGCCGUGCACUUCAUUCAAAAAAGAUUCGUCUAAAAUUCGUCAGAAAAGAACUAUUGAAAAAGUUAUGGACUGUACUUCGGAUAACUGUAGAAGAUUAUCAAUAGCGUUGAUCAUUUUGAAUAUUGCUGCGUUUACAGAUGGUGAGCUUUUAGAUAUGAAAAUUUAUUUAAAUAUAUAUUUUUGUAGCCUAUUCAAGUGAAGAAUCUGAAGAAUUUCGUGCUUAUUGUUAUAAUACAAGAGCUGGAAUGACAAUCCCAGGUGCAAAUUAUAAACGAAUUUUAAAUGUGAAGCCAAAGUCUUGUGAAGAAUCAUGUCUUGCUGAUUAUUCAUGUUUUGGGUUUGAAUAUGAUCGGAAAACAAGAUCGUGUUAUUUGAAAUCGAGAUCAAUAUCUGGUGAUUUAGUAGUAACUCCAGAUACAAAUAUCAGUUUUUGUAUUGAUGAAAGUGAGUUUGAAAAUUUGUAGAACGAAAAUAAGUUACAUGUAUUACUUAUUUUAGGUGAUGAAGAUCGUGAUAAAUUACAUGAUCAUAUAAUAAAUGGAGUUGUUGCAUUCACAAAACAAGAAGUUCCGAAUAACAAAGAAUGUAUGAAAAUGUGUGAAGAAAGAGAAACUCGAUAUUAUAGUUGGAGACCGGAUAGAAAAAUACAAAUGGAAGAUAUUGCUGAAUUACUAAAGCAAGAAAUAUUGAAGUAUAAUGAUUUACAAAUUCUUGAACAUCCACCAAAGUUUGGCACAUGUUCCUGUUUGAAAACAUUACAUGGAAUUCAACUCGAAUAUGAUGCAUUUUCUGGAAUUAUUCCACUUCGACGAAAACAUCAUCGAAUUCCUCGUCGCAAAUAA